UGGUAUUUCAUGUUGAGUCAGCGGCGGUCACAUGUCAGCGUAAAUGUAAAUAAUAUUAUUUUUGUUUAAUAAAGAGUUUGGUAAGGGAAAGGAUAUGGAGGACAUCACGGCAGUUGCUUCGCCCCGAAUCCGUUCUCUUCGCAACAGAGCACAAAAGUGUCGAGUUUGCUUGAAAAAAUCAAAAGAAAUGGUCAAUAUUUUUGAUAUUUCUCCAGAGCAUUGCGUUCCCAUUGCGGACCUGCUAUCUCAAUACACACGACUUGAGAUAUUUAAGGGUGAUUCGUAUCCCGAAACCGUUUGCCCGCCUUGCCUGCAAGCUGCCAAGAACGCAUUUGAAAUCAAGCAAGAUCCCGAAGGAAUAAUUGACAUAACACAGGAUGAGAGCGGGGUCCAAGUAAAGAAUGAAGGCAUCGACAAUGUGUUUGAGGAAUCUGCACCACAGAUGGAAUAUUUCCUGAUAGAUGAAUUCCUGUCAGACGAAGUGAAACCUGAUCAAACGGAAGAAUACUAUUCAGGCAAUGUGAUGAACGAGGAGCCACCGGAAGAGUACUUUUCGGGCAUGAACGAGGAGCCACCGGAAGAACACUUUUCGGGCCAAGUGAUAAACGAGCCAAUUGAUGAUGACUCAUUAGGGGAAGAUGCCGGGGAGAGCUUAGAUUAUGAAAUCGAUCCUUCUUAUUUGCGAGAACAAAGUCAAGGCACUGAUGAGGAUAACAAUGAUAAUAAUGGGGAAUCUAACAGUGUUGUGUUCCCAUGUUCCUGCUGCCCAACGCGUUUUACGAAAAGGUGUCAAAGGAUGCCUACCUACAAGUGUCCACAUUGCACAAAGUCCUUUAAAUACGAGUCAUUUCUACAACAGCACAUAAGGAAGCAUACUGGGGAAAGGCCCUUUAAGUGUUCCCAAUGCCAAAAAGAUUUUACAACCCAGCAACAAUUUUCACUACAUUUCAAGAGUCACCCUCAAACUCAAAUUUUCAAGUGUUCCCACUGCGGAUUGGUCUUUUCAAAACUGGAAGAACACGAAGCACACUUGAAAACACACAUAAAAAAGAAGAUAAAGUGUUUCAACAGCCAAAAACAUUUUUCUAGCGCUCGUAAACUCAAUAAUCACAUAGAGAUAUCCCAUAAGAAAAUUUUCUCUGAAAAACGUUAUACCUGUUUGUACUGCAAAAUGUCCUUUAGACGAAGGGAAUCUCUCCUUUUACACUUGAAAGGCGGUGUUUGCAUUUCACGCCUAACGAAGCCUAAAAUACGUAUAUCUGAAUAAAA